AGGCAUAAAAAUGCCAAAAAAAGUCAUAUUAUAGUAGAGCAUAAAAAUGUCAAAAAACGUCAUAGUAUUGUAUGGCAUAAAAUUUCAAAAAAACAUCAUAGUAUAAUAAGGCAUAAAAAUGGCAAAAAACUUCAUAGUAUAGUAUGGCAUAAAAUUCCUUCCUUCCUUCGUUGCUUUUUUUUUGUUUUGUUAAAAGAGUGAAUGAAGUUGUGACGGUCUCCGCUGAGACAGAGAAGAGGAGAAGCUACUAGCCCUCUCUCGCUGUCACUUCUAGUCGCGUUGCUCUCCUCCCCAGUAAUUUUAAAUUUAGCACAGAAAAAAACAUAAUAGUGGUAAUUUAAAUAGCGGUUCAUGGGAUUUAUUAACCCUCAGGGGUCCCUCUGUCCUUUUUUGGACAUUUUCUUUACUUUUCUUUUUUGAUUUGCUGAUCAUUUUGGCUGUGUUACAGCUGAAGGUAUGGAUUUCUGCAAGAAAGUGUCUUUUUUUUUCGCGUCCAAAAAAGGACACACAAAGAAAAUGCUAUAAAAUCAUCAUAUAUCAAUAUUUUUUUCUGCUUUUUUUGCAUAAAUCUCUUAAACCACUUCAGUUCUGCUCAAACCUACCAAAUGUUUAUUAGUUUUCAGGAUUUUAACCCUUUAAAUGCCAGUUUGAAGACAUGUUGCCUCUUGUUUUAUUAAAAAAAACAAGACAGAAUAUGAGAUAUUUCCCACAUAAUACAUGAUGGAGGGAUGUGACAUUGUUUUAUAUCAGAUUCUUUUAUAUCAAGACAUUUCUCAAAACCAGAAUAUGAUCAGGGUGACUUUUGAACACUGGAAAUAAAUCAUGUACUCAUCCCGGCAGUAGCCCCCGUGGCACUCAAAAUUUUCCCUGGAAUUUUCUAGUUGUUUUUAAUAUUUUCUCGUACAGUUGGUAGAAAUUAAAUUUAAUAGUGGUCCAGACUUGUCGUACUUCUCAUGAACAGAGCCUAAUUCCUUCAGUCAGAGUCAGAAUACCUUUCAAUUGAAUACAUGACUGUCACAUCUCUUGACUGUCUCCUAUCUAAUUCAUUGUCCACCUACACAUUAUAGCAUUUACUGCAACUUCUUUUCAAACCUGUCACAACACUGCUCUGGUGAUAUAAUGUUGGCAACUGACACUGCUAGGCCUACAUGUCAUUUGUUGAUUUUCGUCUCGAAACUGCGCACUAUAAAGUUUUAGUUUUGUGAAGAAACUUGCCCACAGGGAGCUGAACAUGAUGCCGAAUCCAAAUGUGACUACUGGUAAGAAUUAUGAGCCUCACAGAAAAAAAAAAAAAAAAAAAGGAAGAAAAUGGAAUUUGGAGGAUCUAAAUUUAGCACACAUAAAACACGAGAGAUUUCACAUUGUUUUUCAUACACAGCAACACAUUUCUUUUUUUCAGACACAAACCAGCUUUAUUUUGAAGGAAUAGUCAUUCUAGUCUGCAGACUUCCAGUUUCAUUUCUGCUAGAUCCAGACCAUAGCAGGUACAAACCUUAAACAAACACCUGUCUAACUAAUCGUUGGUCACCUUCCUUUAAUCUUGUAGAGAGAGAACAGAAACCAAAGUGAGCAAACAUCAAAGUUUCAUUGAGCAUCCUCUACACACAUCAGCAGACCAACUGUCGACCAUGAACUCACUGCUAACCAGAGACCAGCAGAGAACGAUCUGCUCCCAGCUGGGAAGAGUCAAACUACAGCUGCUGUACAAAGCCAGCAUCCAUGGUUUCACUGGUGCAGCCUUCCACCAACGAUGUGACAACCACAGUCCCACAGUGUCUGUGGGCUUUAACGACUCAGGUUUUGUGUUUGGAGGAUACACCAAACAACCUUUCAGUCAGUCUGGUCAGUAUGUGCAGGAUGACCAGGCCUUUCUUUUCACCUUCAGUGGAGAAAAGCUGCUCAAAUAUCCAGUCACAGGCCCUGCUAAUGCAGUGAGAAUGAUAGCUAACUCUGGUCCAUAUUUUGGAGAAGCACUGGUUCUUGUCAAUGGAGGCAAAGCAGUAGUGUACAGCAAUCCAGGAAAUCAUUACAAGUUCAAUGCUGCAGAAAUGCAUGGCAACAACCUCAACCUGACUGAGUGUGAAGUCUAUCAAGUGGAAGAAACCACAGAACUUGAGAGGCCAUGGAGGACUAUAAUCUGGAAAUCUGAGAAGAGGAAGGAGCUGAUCGACAGUAUUAGGAUCUACAAACCCACAGUCAGCUCUGUGUCCCAGGUUCGGGUUUUGCUCAUUGGAGCAGUCGGAGCUGGAAAGUCCAGCUUCUUCAAUUCUAUCAACUCUGUAUUCAGAGGCCACGUCACCAGCCAGGCCAUCGCUGGCUGCUCUACCACCAGCCUCACCACACAGUUUCGCAGCUACUCUUUGAAAGCUGGGCGAGAAGGAAAACCUCUGCCAAUCGUCUUGUGUGAUACCAUGGGAUUGGAGGAAAGCACAGGGGCGGGGCUUGAUAUAGAUGACAUCAGCAGCAUCCUGAAGGGUCAUCUGCCAGACCGUUACCAGUUCAAUCCCUCUGCUCCUCUGCAUUCUGAGACCCCCGGCUAUCAUAAGUCUCCAGGGCUCAAGGAUAAGAUCCACUGUGUGGCUUAUGUCAUUGAUGCCUGUAAGAUCUCCAUCAUGCCAAAAAAGCUGGAGGAAAAGCUGGAUGCUAUCCGCAGAAAGGUCAACUUAAUGGGGAUCCCUCAGCUGGUCCUGCUCACUAAAGUAGAUGAAGCCUGCCCUUUGGUGUCAACGGAUGUGAGAAAUGUUUACAAGAGUGGCUACAUUAAGGACGUGAUGCAGGAGGUCAGUGCUCGGCUCGGAGUGCCAAUGUCUUGUGUUGUUCCUGUGAAGAACUACAGCGAGGAGUUGGAGUUGGACCCGAACUGCGACAUCCUGCUGCUCAGCGCCGUCAACCAAAUGCUUCGCUUCGCAGAUAAUUACUUUGAUGAGAUCAGUGACCAGUUCAGCAAAGUUGAAUGUAAAUAAUAGGAAGUAUUUGUACAGUGGAUAUAAUAACCUGAGGAACAUAAUAAAAUGUCCCUCACAGUGAUCCAUCCAUUUACCAGCAGAUGACCCAUAUUAGUUGUAUCUUUCUCCAGCAAAGCGAAGCUGACCUCAAGUCAAAAGCCUGAAGACCGAUCUAGUGCUGGACCGAAAUGUACCAGGUCUAUACUGGUACAUACUGCCUCCAGGAAAUAGCUGCAUGCUUGCUCUCUCAAGUCAGACACUGACUAAUGCUCUCGCCUUCUCUCUGCACUCGAGGCCUGAAAGAUGCGCAACAUUUACAAAUAGCUUACAUUAUUAAGUCAGUCCAGACCCUGUUCUUUUCUUUUCUUUUCUUUUUUUUUUUAAAUCAAACUUUGUAAUAUGUCUUUUCCCCUACAGUAUUUGAUGUAUUUUUCCUAUCAGGAAACAACUUCCCAUGUUUGUACCGGCAGAUAUAAUCACAUCUAUUGUUGUGCUGCAUGUUGUGUUACCAUGGAGAAUUCUUUGAAACCUAAAACAUUUGAAAUGUGUAUGUUUAAAAGAGAAUAUAAAAUCUGAACUCCUGUUUAAAUGUAUUGUUCCUGAGAAUGAAAUUUCCACUCAGUUUUAGUUCAGUCAAAGAUCGCAUGUUUAACUGGUUGGACUUUGUAACUGUCACAUGUGGCCAGUGAUGCACCAUGGUCUUUAUCUCUCAUGUCUGGCUGACUGAAAAACGAAAGUGAAGAACGACACUAUCAAGGAAACUGAAAUAUAUCGUUAACUUCCAGUAAUCCUUCAAAAUAAAAUGCCUAGCCCUUUGAGUGAAGAGUUAAAAUAAAGAAAACAUUUAAGAAGGGACAAGAUUAAGUUGAUUAAAUACACAGUAAGAUCAUAAGUUGUAGUAAGAAAAGUACAUUACAUAAAUACCUCAGUGUGUUGAUUUGUCAUACAGCCUGACUAGGGAUACGUUUUUUCAACUGUGGAAACCUGUUAGAUUAAACUUUUUCCUCAAAAAAUCAAACUAAAGGAUAGUACUCUCAAAGAGUUACCCUGGGCUGUACUCGUAACAAUGCUGUUAGUAGGUACUGUCUGAAUGACUGCAGAAAAGGGGCAGGCCCAGGUUUUAUCUCCUGGUACUUUGAACCUUGGUGAAGACCUGUCAGAGGACAAAAUCAGUCAUUUCAAUCAAUGGUUUUAUAAACCAGGUGGUGACAAAUAAAGGCCCCUUUUUUUAAUCACACUCCACAUAACUCCUGCUCCUAUGGCUGACUGUGAAUGAUUAAACAAAUCAGUCUGAUCAGCAACAAUAGCAAUUUACUUAGAAACAUGUUGUUAGAGGACGCUAAGAUGAAAUGAAAACCUUAAAUUUAUUUUUGUUUUCUUUUGUAAGAUUCUUGUCAUAUUAAUCCUCCUUUCCAUGCUUACAAAUGUCACUUCUUCAGAUUUGAUUUUGACUCAUUUAUUUUGAAGGCAACAUCCUUGUUAGACUUGUAUGCUAAACCAGAGUCAGCUGCAUCAACUGAGAACAACCAACACCCACUGCUUAUCUUCAUCCACCUGGAAAGUGAUUCAGCUUCUUUCUCCAGCACUUGUUCAACU